AUGUCUCCUUAUACUAUUCUCCUAUAUCAAUCUUAUUAUAAGUUUAGAAUCAGCUCUGUCACAACUGUGAAGAUUUGUCAGGUGUCUACAAGUAUAGCCAUUGUCGAAAUUCCUAAUUCUGCUCUUAAGCGUAAAUCGUGUCUGCCAGGUUGUCAUAUUAGAAUUAUAGAUUUCCCUAGAAAUAGCUUCUUUCGGCGUCUAUACAAUGGUCUCUUAAUUCCAGAGCAGCAUCCCUACACUUUGUCAACGUUACCCUCUGAUGAUCAUCAGAAAUUGAUUGUUCGAAAGGGCCAUUUCUUAUUCCAAGGAGAUCGAGAGUAUCUUGUGACCGGUGUUUUUUUACCUUUCCUUGGAUUCAUCCAGCAGAUUCCUAAUGUCAAUCCCAAAUCCUUAGCGUUUCGUACCCAUGUGAAGAAAUGCUUGAUAGUUGUAGGUGGUUCAGCUAUCAGUUUUGCACUUCCGAUAUUAAGGGUUUUGAGUUAUAACGGCGCUAUGGUUAAAAUUAUUUGGGUUAUCAGAGAUCAUGAGGACUUGAAAGUCUUGGACUAUUUCAAAAAUGCCCUAGUUAGUGAUGAUUGCAUCGAUAUAUUUAUUACAGGCAAAUACUCUGACUCCGAAAAAAUGCAUUUCAGAGAGGCUGUAAAGGAGCUUCAUCGGCGGAAGGAGGAGCUUGACAAAAUUCAAGGAUCUCGUAUGAUGGACUUUAACAAUAGGUCUCGUUCCAAUCCCAAAAGUCAAGGUGGUUCUUCUAGCCCAAGGAGUUCUUUGGGAACUGAAAAUACGGAGUUAGACGAAGAGACCAAUGAUACUAAUGGCAUUGGGUCUAGUCUUCAAAGGGCCGCACAGAAGAAAAAAAGUUAUCUAUCCUUAAAAAAUCAUGCUCCUUCAAGCGGUUAUUCUUACUACGAUGAAGACAAGUUUGAAGAUGUGGAUAUUGAAUUGAAAGGGCACAGCUCAGAAGCUACGGAUAGAUCACCACUCAUUCGUAAUACGGGUGCACCUGAAAACUAUGGGUAUCUGGCUACUCAAGGUGGUGAGAAUGAUUAUUCAUCUGUCUCUGGUCCCGAUAUGGGAUAUUAUCCGUCUGCCAAUAUAUCCGGUAUUUCUGGAUCCGCUAGUAAGAAUGACACUUCAUCCUCAGAAUUAUACGAUGAUUUGGCCGACUAUUGGAUUUUAAAAGGUCUUUCAUGUCGAAUUGAUUUUGGAAGACCAACUUUAGGUCUAUAUUAUUAUAGUUGGUGUACCGGCUCCUCGUGUACGGGACCAAUGUUUGAUCUCCAGAGUGGGGAGCCUGUCUGCUAUAAUGAGCUUUUAUCUCAAGACCCUCCCUAUAAUGUGAAUGUUAAUGAGUCUGAGGAUGACUUGUUCAAUAAUGCCAACUUUAUCAGUCAUAGAAAGGCCCGAUUCCGUGAUAGGGGAGGUAAACCAAAUAAUAAGAUAUUGGUUGUAGCAGCUGGUCCUAAGGGUCUUGUCGAUAAGGUUCGAUUAUGGGCCGAUGAUUGUGGUUUCUGCUUUCAUGAUGAAAGCUUUGGUAUAUAG